UCCAACUCCCUUCAACUCAAAUAAACAAGUUGGCAAGAGAUUUAGACAUCGAUCGUGCUUAGCUCUGCUUCGAAAACAUCCAUGGCAACUGUUACUUCAGAAAUACAGCAGAUGCUCGUCUCUUUCUUCUGCUUCUUCUUAAUAACUUCCUCCAAACUGCUGGGAGCAGCCGGAAAUUCCUGCACAGAAUCCAAGUGUGAGGAUAAUGAUGCUCCAGCCAUUCACUACCCUUUCCGUCGCGGACAGCAUUGUGGCUAUGAUCCUGUGCUACAAUGCACCCAGCCCAAUGAAACAGUAGUUGCGGAGAAGUCAGUAGUGCUGGUAAAAUUCUUUGUCAAACACAUAGAUUAUAAGCAACAGAAAAUCCAGCUCAGUCAACCAGAUGAUUGCCUCCUGCUAACGCCUUUGGGCAGCCCACACAAGCCAACUUCUCCUUUCUAUUUCCCAGAGGACAGCAUGAAUAUUACCCUAUAUCAAUGUCCUACCAUUCCUUUUGAAAGAGAGUAUCUAAAGCAAGUCCCUUGCUUCGGUGGCCCUGCCUCCCAAACAUACGCCUUUCCUUCAGACUUGGAUUUACUUAUAUACAUGGUAUCAGUAAGGUCUUGUACAAAGAUGUAUGAUGUUUUAUCACUUCCAUUUGGAACUUGGUGGGGAAAUAAAGAGGAUUUUAUACUGAAUUGGUCUAAACCAAAUUGUACUGAAUGCGAGGCAGAGGGUAAGAGCUGUAGAUUGCAGAUGAAUGGCACCAACACUGAAAUUGAAUGUGUUCACUUGAGGAAACCAAGUGCGACAACCAAAUUAGUUGCUACAGGUGCAACUGUAGGUUCAUUCCUCCUCUUACUACUGCUCAUCCCCGUCUAUCGUGCUUAUAACUCUGAUAGAAAGGAAAAGGAACAUCAAAAAAAAAUUGAAAGAUUUUUGGAAGAUUACAAAGCUCUCAAGCCAAGCAGGUACUCAUAUGCAGAUAUCAAGCGAAUUACAAAUCAAUUCAAGGACAAGGUAGGAGAAGGGGCCUAUGGAACAGUGUUUAAAGGAAAUCUUUCUUCUGAACUCUAUGUUGCUGUGAAAGUCUUGAAAAUUUCAGAUGGGAAUGGAGAAGAAUUCAUAAAUGAAGUCGGAACUCUAGGUCAUAUCCACCAUGUUAAUGUUGUCCGCUUAGUUGGCUUUUGCGCUGAUGGAUUUGAACGAGCUCUUGUUUAUGACUUCUUCCCCAAUGGUUCACUGCAAGAUUUCAUUUCAUCAGCAGAUAAUAAGAAUGGUUUCUUGGGUUGGGAUAAGUUGCAAGAUGUUGCUCUAGGCAUAGCCAAAGGAAUUGAAUAUCUACAUCAAGGAUGCGAUCAACAAAUCCUUCAUUUUGAUAUCAAACCCCAUAAUGUUUUGCUAGACCAAAAUUUCACUCCAAAAAUUUCUGAUUUUGGUUUGGCCAAGUUAUGUUCAAAGGAUCAAAGUAUAGUAUCAAUGACAACAGCAAGGGGCACUAUGGGCUACAUCGCACCUGAAGUGUUCUCCAGGAACUUCGGGAAUGUGUCUCGCAAGUCGGAUGUCUAUAGUUUUGGAAUGCUGUUGCUUGAGAUGGUAGGAGGAAGGAAGAAUAUUGGUGCAACCAUGGAUAACAUGCAUGCAGUUUACUACCCAAAAUGGAUCUAUAACCUCUUGGAAAAAGGAGAAGACCUCCGAAUCCAUAUUGGGGAAGAAGGGAAUUCAAAAAUUCCAGAGAAACUUUCAAUUAUUGGGCUCUCAUGCAUCCAGUGGUACCCGGUGGCUCGUCCUUCCAUGAAAGCAGUGGUUCAGAUGCUAGAGGGAAGAGAAAAAUUAACAAUGCCGCCUAAUCCUUUUGCAACAACAGGUCAUAGUAGAGCAGAUGUUGGAAGUAUCCCUAAAAGACCCAUGUGCCUCGAAUUAGAAACAAUUACUGAAUUAGAGUAAUGUGUAUAGAGAGCAUUUUACUAUCCCUAAGUAUGUGGAAUGGUAUCAUUAUAGGAAAAUGCAUUGGCUUGUAGGGCAUCCAAUUUGCAUGUUCACAUAGCAUGUAGGCUGUUUAAAUUCUUCAGUUCCCAUUAUAUAUACAUCUAAUUUGUUUAGUACCAGUGAAGUGAAUAUUUCUUCUAAUACCAGAACAAGAGGAUAUACUGAACAUCCACCAUAAAUAUAAUGAAAAGCUAUAGGCAAAAGGGAAUUGAACUCUUACUCUGAUCAUUAAUUGGCCAAUUCAACUACAAAUUUAUCUGUACUUAGAACAUGCAAGUAGCAGUUCUAAUAUAUAAUCAAUGAAGUCCAAAGGUCCCAGGCUCUCUAUGACCCCAAACUCUUUCCGUUCCAAAGUAUCAUGAAACAAUGUGCAUGCAUCAACACUAUUUAUAUAGCUAGUAACUCAGCAAAUCCAGCUAUAUGACCCAGAAAAUUGCUUGCUGGUGAAGCUAUUGAAAAUUCAAAACAUGUCAAACUCUCCCUUCUACCACUCAGAAUACCAAAUGACUAAUAUUACCUUAUUCAAUUGUUCUUCAGCUGAAAGGGAAUCGACGAUCUUUAUUGGUCCAGUCCCCUGCUUGAGUGGCCUGCCUACCAAAUUUAUUGGCUUCAAUUUGGUCUUGACAUCUACUACUUCCCCUUCUGUCUUGUACAAAGAUAUAUAAUUAUUCAUCAGUUCCAUUCAUGUCGGAUGAUCCUCAAGAUCUUUAUUUGGAAUGGUUGGAACCAUUUUGUGCACAACGUGAAGCACAGGGAAACAAAUGUGGAUUGAAGAACAAUAGCACCAAAAGACUGAAAUUGAAUGCUAUAAAGGGAAAGGAGGUAAAAGAGCAACAUUUUUUUUUUUUUUGGAAAGGGAUAAAAGAGCAACAUAUUUUCCUAUAUUUGUUACACAUUCCAAUUACAAAUCCCAAUCAUGAUUAUUCCUGUAUUCAUGAAAUGAGAGAUAUA